CUUUUACCCAGUGCAUCACUGAAACGACCAGUCGAAUACGGCAACUCACUCUCACAUGUUUUUGUCACAUGAUCAUAGUCGUGACGUACUGUUUCAGACUGUCAGCUGAGAGGCAGCAGGUGUUUUGGAUCAAACUCUGACUACUAUAAGUUCAAAAUGGACAUCCGAGGGGCUGUAGAUGCUGCAGUUCCUACGAACAUCAUUGCAGCGAAAGCGGCCGAAGUGCGCGCUAACAAGGUCAACUGGCAGUCCUAUCUCCAGGGCCAGAUGAUUUCAGGGGAAGACUGUGAAUUCAUCAAGAAGUUUGAGGUGGCUGUCUCUGAGGAGAAACAGGCUAUACUCACCAAUGAAGGCCAUCAGUGUGCAAAAACGUUCCUGAACCUCAUGGCCCAUAUCUCAAAGGAACAGACGGUCCAGUACAUCCUAACACUGAUCGAUGAUACUCUGCAGGAAAACCAUCAGCGGGUGAACAUCUUCUUUGAUUAUGCCAAGAAGACCAAGAACACUGCCUGGUCCUAUUUUCUUCCCAUGUUGAAUCGCCAGGAUCUCUUCACUGUUCACAUGGCUGCAAGGAUCAUUGCCAAGCUGGCAGCCUGGGGAAGAGAUCUGAUGGAAGGCAGUGACUUAAACUAUUACUUCAACUGGAUCAAGACUCAGCUAAGUUCACAGAAACUACAUGGUACAGGUCCAGACACAGGAACAGGAACCAUCUCCCCUAGUGAAGUGAGUAACUGCUCGGAGGCCUCAAGAUGGCAGACAGGCCUCUGUGUGCCGGGAUCGCCUAGCUCCCAGUAUGUUCAGUGCGUUGCUGGGUGUCUUCAGUUGAUGUUGAGGGUUAACGAGUACAGAUUUGCGUGGGUUGAAGCUGAUGGUGUUAACUGCAUUACAGCGGUACUGAGCAACAAGUGUGGCUUCCAGCUGCAGUACCAGAUGAUCUUCUGCGUAUGGCUGCUAGCCUUCAGCCCUCAGCUUUGCGAGCAGCUUCGCCGCUACAACGUGGUGCCCGCCCUCUCCGACAUCCUCCAGGAGUCUGUCAAGGAGAAGGUGACGCGCAUCAUUCUGGCCGCUUUCAGGGUAGGUGGGACAGUCCUCGUCCAUCUCUGCGUGUCCACUUACUACAAACAAACAUGGCAUCCCUGACUUUAUAUGGUGGCCUCAUGUUUUUGUGGCACAGUAUAAAUUAAAACAAAUUAUCUUAGGAAAACAAAGAUGCGAUUGAAAAUGUGAAUUAUUGUGUGAAAAUAGUUUGAUUCAAGAAAUAUCUGUAUGGCAAAAUGAAGGACAAAACAACACCA